UUGAGCAAAAGAAGCUCAAGGACAGUGCCCAGGCUCUGAGUUCAAGCCUCAGGACUGGCAAAAAAAAAAAAAAAAAAAAGGCAGGGAUGGUGAUUUGGCUCAGUGGAAACUUCCCUGGAGAGUUCUCAGAUUUGCUUGGGCUGUGGGGAGGUGUGCUCAGACUGAGGGUACAGAGGAACAUCCAUGCCAGGCCUUGUGUUUGUAUGUGGGGUGGGAGGGUACCCUGCAUGGAAUGGUGCUGGCCUGGAAUAUGUGGUGGUAGGGGGUGCUAAAGAAGGGGGUGGGCAAAUGACCAUCAGGAGGAGAUCCUCUGAGGUGGCGAUUUGCCCAUGGGGAUGCGGGAGAUGGUGGUGGGGACUUGUCUUUGGAGAGCCCAACAUGGAGGCUUCUCAGUUGUGGCCCUGAAGUGAGGGCUGUGAAAUCUACCAAUUCUGUGGGCAGAGGAGGAACCAGCACAGCAGAAAGGUCCCCCUCCAUAAAGGAUGGAGAUUGAGUAUGUGAGCAUAUCCUUGAUGUGCUGAGACAUUGGGUCAGGUGAAUGGGCCAGAAUGGGCACCUGGGUGAUUGCCUGCUGGUUGGGUUGGAGUGAUGUUAUUGGACUGAAUGACUGGCAAGAUGGGGCCUUAAAGGCAUCGCUGGGAUUCAGUUAGGAGGCUGAGGUGAAGAAGAGGACCCAGCAGAGCCCUGGAAUUGGAAUGAAGUCAGCCACCAGGAUGGGCCACAGGUCACAGAGGGAGGAGGGAAGAUGCAGUGGCCAUGGACCAGCCGGGUGGCCUGCAGGUGGACUACGUCUUCCGUGGUGUGGAGCAUGCUGUGCGCAUGGUGGUUUCUGGGCAGGUGCUGGAGCUGGAGGUGGAGGACCGCAUGACGGCUGACCAGUGGCGAGGCGAGUUCGAUGCCAGCUUCAUUGAAGACCUGACUCACAAGACAGGGAACUUCAAACAGUUCAGUAUCUUCUGUAACAUGCUGGAGUCGGCCCUCACCCAGAGCAGUGAGUCGGUCACUCUGGACCUGCUGACCUACACAGACCUGGAGGCCCUUCGGAGUCGCAAGCUGGGGGGCCGCCCCAGCACACUGGCCCCCAGAUCAGCCCAGCUCAACUCAAAGCGCUACCUGAUCCUCAUCUACUCUGUGGAGUUUGACAGGAUUCACUACCCGCUGCCCCUCCCGUACCAGGGCAAGCCAGACCCUGUGGUCCUGCAGGGCAUCAUCCGCUCACUGAAGGAGGAAUUGAGCCGCCUUCGAGGGCUGGAUGGCCAGAACACUCGAGACACAAGGGACACGCGGGAGACUCGGGAAACAGAGAUCUGGCACCUGCGGGAGCAGGUGUCCCGCCUGGCCACCGAGAAGCGGGAGCUGGAGGCUCAGCUGGGCCGCUCCCGGGAGGAGGCGCUGGCGGCCCGAGCGGCGCGCCAAGAGGCCGAGGCGCUGCGCGGGCUGGUGCGGGGCCUGGAGCUGGAGCUGCGGCAGGAGCGGGGCUCCGUGCACCGGACUUCGGCCCGCCGCAGCCAGGACUGCCGCCGCCUGGCCAAGGAGCUGGAGGAGGUGAAGGCGUCGGAGCGGAGCCUGCGAGCCAGACUGAAGACGCUCCAGGCCGAGCUGGCCUUGUACAAGAGGGGGAGACGGACUCCGCCCGUGUUGCCGCCCGUGCCCCGGGAAGAGCGGGCCUCGCUGUCCCGGGAGCGCUCCACGUCUCGGGGUCGCGGGGCCACCCGUUCCUCAUCCCGGGAGAGCGGCCGUGGGGCCCGGGGUCGAGGCCGGCCCGCCCGCUCCUCACCCUCGCCCACAGGUAGUCGCGCGCCACGCUUCGACCCCACGGCCUUCGUGAAAGCCAAGGAGAAGAAGCAAAGGGAGAUCCGGAUGAAGCAGCAGCGGAACCGCCGGGGCAGUGGAGGAAGCGGGGACGGGCCGUCCGUUUCGUGGUCUCGCCCGACGAGACCACCCGCUGCCGAGACGGGCCGAGGGGACGCGGUCAGCCGCUCCCGGCGCCGCAGCUCCUCAGUGGACAGCUUCCGCAGCCGCUACUCGACAGCCAGCUCCGCCAGCGAGCUGGAGGAUUUCUCAGAGUCGCUCACCCGAGGUGUCCACCGAGUCCGCGGGAAGCCACCCAGCCCCACGCCCUGGAGUGGGCAUAACGUGAAGCCCAGCCCUCGGGACCGCAGCGGUCAUCAGAAACACCUGGCCAACUCGGGGGGUUGGGUCCCCAUCAAAGAGUACAGCUCGGACCACCAGGCGGUUGACAUGGCUGAAAUAGAUGCCCGCCUGAAGGCCCUGCAGGAGUACAUGAACAGGCUGGACACACGGUCCUGACGCUAGGUGGGGCCGUGCCCCGCCCACCUCACCAGCCCCUGUACCCCCAUGCCCAGACCCCGCCCCCUCCCCAGGCCUUUUGUGCUGGAGGGGGGCUUGUUCAUUUUGUAAAUAAACAUUUGUCUUUGA